UAAAAUUUCUCGGUUUGAGGCCUUCCCUUUUUCACAUGUCACGGAUCACCAACUCUUUUUUCUUCUUCCUCUUCCCUUUCGCCCGGCUACGCCUCAUGUCGUCUUCCUCUUCGCUCAUGGCUUCGCACGGCGUUGCCCUCGCCACCGCCGUCGCCGUCUCGGGGACCAUGAUCCUCCUCGCCCUCUGCCGGACCAAGCCCUUCUCCUUCCCCGCCGCCUCAGCUGCCGUCCACGACGAUUCCGCCCCUCCGUGGUGCCCCCAGAGCUCCUGCAUCGCCUCCGCCGAGGACGCGAAGAAGGCGAGGACGAGGACGAUGUUGAAGAAGAAGAAGAACAAGAAGAAGAAGAGGGUCCAGUUCGCCUCCGAGGUGGUGGAGUUCUACGUCUCCGCCAGCAAUGAGGCGGAGGAGGCGGAGGAUCCGCUUCCGGCGCGGCGGAUGCCGGCUAACAGGGAGGCCUUGUACAAGGGGAUCCUCCGUGAUCGGGAGAUGCACCGGAUGGCCUGCUGCUAUUGAUCCGAUCCGCCAACUCUUCUUCCCUCUCUCGAUCUUUUCCUUUUCUGGAAGUUUUUUUUUUUCAGGUGAUCUCUGAGUUGUCGCUUUGAAAUUGGAAGAACAGCAGAAUCACUGCCUCCAUUGUUGGUAAUUAGAUCUGUCUAACCUUGUAAUUAGCCAUGAAUUUGGUUUGUGAAAACGAAGAUUAAUUCUAGGUUUGCAAUUUGAGUA